CUCACUCUGACACAGACGUUGUGUGAGGAAAUGCAUGCGGUCACAAUAGUUUGCAUGCUGCGAUCCUCAGCUCGUUCUGUUGCAUGAACAGCUCGCGCUGCAAACUCUCUGAUGCACGCGCAGAUAGGAAGUGCUGCGACAUUCAACCAAACCUUGGAUCUGGAGGAUCUCCAAAUGCUCAGACUCAGUCUUUCAGGUUAAAAGUGACACGACGUAAGAGAAACGAUGCCUGGACCACCGCCCCCUCCUGCCCCCCCUCCAACCUUUUCAUUGGCGAACACAGAGAAGCCGAAUCUGAACAGAAACGAGCAGCAUGGGAGAAAUGCCUUACUAUCAGAUAUCAGCAAGGGGGCUCGACUGAAGAAAACCACCACCAAUGAUCGGAGCGGCCCAAUUCUGGACAAGCCCAAAGGAGGAGGAGGAGGUGGGGGAGGAGGAGGAGGAGGAGGAGAGGGAGGGGGAGGAGGAGGUGGAGGACUGGGUGGGCUGUUUCAGGGAGGAAUGCCAAGACUGAGAUCACCAGGAAGCAACAACGCAAGAGGACCAAUGCCUCCCACAACUGGGAGAUUCCCAGCGCCCAGCAGCCCAGCAGGAAGCAGACCCCCAUUCCCAGUCCCCGGACGACCUUCCCCUGGGAGGGCCGGACCCCCACCUGUACCACCAUCGGGACGCUCAUCCCAGCAGAACUCUCCCAGCGGCCCGCCACCUCUACCUGGAAACCGGCCGUCAGGUUCCUCUCCUUCUGGACAAGCCUCAAGCCUGCCAGGCAGACGUCCAAGCCUUCCUCCCGCCCCGAGGGAGUCCCAGUCUUCUUUCCCUCCACCACCAAUGCCUGCAUCUGCCCGGCCGCCAUUACCCACAAUCCCUAGCAGGCCCUUAGAUGACCUCCCUCCCCCUCCACCACCAACUGGAGGAAGAAGCGCGUCAUUUUCUCGAGAUGGCCCACCACCACCACCACCAUCAACUGAGAUUAAACCAAUGAGUUUUCAGAGGCCUAUGAGUAAUCCGCCUCCAUCUUUACCUCCAGGGAGAGGAGGGGCACCACCCAUCCCACCAUCCCCGAGGGAGGAGCCCAACUCUAGAGGCGGUCAGAGAAACAGCCUUCCGCCGCUUCCUCCACCUGGACGCUCCAGCCCACUGCCUCCACCGCCCAAUGAGCGGCCUCCUCCACCUGGACACUCCAGCCCAUUGCCUCCACCGCCCAAUGAGCGGCCUCCUCCACCUGGACGCUCCAGCCCACUGCCUCCACCGCCCAAUGAGCGGCCGCCUCCAUCGGGACGGAGCCCAUCUGUACGCGCAGGUCCUCUUCCACCUCCACCCACAGGAGGAGGAAACAGAGGUGGGAUGCCUCAGCCCGUGCCUCCUCCUAAUCGUCCCGGUGGAUCCGGCAGACCCGCUUUACCCCCAGACCCUCCCAGAGUGCCCAGCUUUCCUCCCCCACCCCCCGAAGCCAUCAACGGCUACCAGUGCCCUCCACCACCUGCCACAGAUGAUUGGGGGAUGAGGUUCUCCUUCCAUGCUCUGUCUGAAUUACCUCCACCAGAGCCGUAUGUCUCCUUCUCGAAGUCUUACCCCAGCAAGGCCGGGGGCAAAGGAAUCAGAGACAGAGGAGCGCCACCCCUGCCACCAAUUCCCAGAUGAAAUGUUUUGGCAUUAUUAUAAUAUGAGAUGGAUUUUAAUCUGGUGAAUGAGACUCAGGAACUAAAUUUUUAUAUACAUUUUAUUUUUGUAUGCAUUUAAUUUCUUUUGGGCGGAAAAUGUAUGGCAAUUAAAGUGCAUUCUAUCAUUAUCCGUGAAAGUUUGUUUUAAUCAAGACAUUUUUGUGUGUAUAACAUUUUUGUGUGUAUUUUUGUGUGGUCCAAAUGUCCCAACAAGUGUGUAUAGUUCAGGUAUUCCCUACAUUGCGGGGACAUUUUGGUCCACAUGAGGAAAACAGCUUAAAAUUAAAAAGAGUAAUUGAUUUGAUAAUGUAAAAAUGCAGAAAGUUUUGUGUGAUGGGUAGGUUUACAGGUCAGGUUAUGGGAGAAAAUAUUCAGUUUGAACAGUACACAAAUCAUAAAGAAAUUCCCUAUAAAACAUGAACUUACAAAAAUACCUUGUUCUGCAAAUUCUAUUUAGGCCACCUUUAUUUAUUUACAGACAAAUUUAUCUGACUAACGUUGGACAAAAAAUAGUGAGUAAUUUAUCAUAAAGUAGCACACAUUUCAACAGGAAUACAGAAGGUUACGCAGCAAGAAAAGUGAAGUUGCAAAACUGAAGAGGAAAGAGAGAAAAGUAGUUUAACACACAGCAAUAUCCACAUUUGAAGUAGUAGGGGUAUUUUGCCUCUCAAUUAAAAAUGGUUAUUCUCUCCUCAAUGUAUUUGUUUUUCAAUAAACUUUCCUACAAAUAAUAUAUAGGACAUAUCAAUGCAGGAAUUAGCGUACAUUAAAGCCGCUCUGAGCAAGGAAGUGAAUAUAGCGAAGCGACGCUAACUUCUGUCAAACCAAGCCACUGAAAGUCCCCACACUGCUAUCCCUUCAACCACGUUUGUGUCAGUGUGUGUGUGUGUGUGUGUGUGUGUGUAUGUGUGUGUGUGAAUUGAACUGGAAGAACUAUCUCAGUCUAGUACAGCUGUAAUCUGAGAUUGGCUGAAAGGGCACAUGAACAAGGCUACAAUGAGGUGAAUGGAGCAAUGACUAUAUUUGUAGUUUUGUAUUGACACCUGAUAGCAGGUAAAACAGAAUCGUAUAUUCUGGUUUGUUUUCUGACUAUGUUGUAUUUUUUAUUUUUAUUUUUUGUAGGCUAUUGCUGUGUUUCUCAAAUUCUGUAAAUUCAACGUAAAUGUAUAUGGGUUUGCAUUUGUAUUUGUACACGAAAACUGGUCAGUGGCCCAAAAUAAAGUUCGAUGAAUCCUGAA